GGGGCCAGCGGGAGCCUGACUGAGCCGUCCGAGCCCCGGAGCCUCUCUGCUCCUCGGAUCGCCUCAGCCCGCCGCGCAGCCGCCGCCAUGGCCCAAGCCGACAUCGCGCUGAUUGGCCUGGCGGUCAUGGGUCAGAACUUAAUCCUGAACAUGAAUGACCACGGCUUCGUGGUCUGUGCUUUCAACAGGACGGUCUCCAAGGUGGAUGACUUCUUGGCCAACGAGGCGAAGGGAACCAAGGUGGUGGGCGCCCAGUCCUUGAAGGAGAUGGUGUCCAGGCUGAAGCAGCCGCGGCGCAUCGUGCUGCUGGUCAAGGCCGGCCAGGCUGUGGACGACUUCAUCGAGAAACUGGUUCCACUGCUGGACACUGGUGACAUCAUCAUCGAUGGAGGAAACUCGGAAUAUAGGGACACCACGAGACGAUGUCGAGACCUCAAGGCCAAGGGGAUCUUGUUUGUGGGGAGCGGAGUGAGCGGUGGAGAGGAAGGGGCCCGGUACGGGCCGUCACUCAUGCCAGGAGGGAACAAAGAGGCUUGGCCGCACAUCAAGACCAUCUUCCAAAGCAUCGCUGCGAAAGUCGGAACUGGAGAACCCUGCUGUGACUGGGUGGGCGAGGAGGGGGCCGGGCACUUCGUGAAGAUGGUGCACAAUGGCAUAGAGUACGGAGACAUGCAGCUCAUCUGUGAGGCCUACCACCUGAUGAAGGACGCGCUGGGCAUGGGGCACGACGAGAUGGCGCAGGCCUUUGAGGAGUGGAAUAAGACAGAGCUGGACUCGUUCCUGAUUGAAAUCACAGCCAACAUCCUCAAGUUCAAAGAUGCUGAUGGCAAGCAGCUGCUGCCAAAGAUCAGGGACAGCGCGGGGCAGAAGGGCACCGGGAAGUGGACGGCCAUCUCGGCCCUGGAAUACGGCGUUCCCGUCACCCUCAUUGGAGAGGCCGUCUUUGCGCGCUGCCUGUCGUCUCUGAAGGACGAGAGGGUUCAGGCCAGCAAGCUGCUGCGGGGGCCCCCGAAGGCUGCGUUCCAAGGCGACAAGGGGGCGUUCCUGGAGGACAUUCGUAAGGCACUCUACGCUUCCAAGAUCAUCUCUUACGCCCAAGGCUUCAUGCUGCUGCGACAGGCGGCCACCGAGUUCGGCUGGACCCUCAACUACGGAGGCAUCGCCCUGAUGUGGCGGGGCGGCUGCAUCAUCCGCAGUGUAUUCCUGGGAAAGAUAAAAGACGCAUUUGAUCGAAACCCAGAACUUCAGAAUCUGCUGCUGGACGACUUCUUCAGGUCAGCUGUCGAGACCUGCCAGGCCUCCUGGCGGCGGGUAGUGAGCACUGGGGUCCAGGCGGGCAUCCCCAUGCCCUGCUUCAGCACCGCGCUGGCCUUCUAUGACGGAUACAGACACGAGCUGCUGCCGGCCAACCUCAUCCAGGCUCAGCGGGAUUACUUCGGGGCUCACACGUACGAACUCUUAGCCGAACCAGGACGGUUCAUCCACACUAACUGGACAGGCCACGGCGGCAGCGUGUCCUCCUCCUCGUACAAUGCCUAAGCGGCCCGUGUGCCACACACACUCCUUCCUCGGCCCUCUGUCCACUUCUGCUCAGGUCUCUGCAAGUUCGACGUUGCGAGAGGCUCCUGAAACAGUCCGCUUACUCGGAGGCGGCUCCGGGAGAGCCACCUGCCCUCCGCCCUUGCCUUUGACCGUGUGCGGGACAGCAGCGGCCGGGGGCCCGGCCCCGCGGAUCAGCGAGGCCAUGCAUCUGUCCCGAGAACGCUGCAGCUCUGAGCACACAGAGGGGAGGGGACGUGGGGUCGAUCAGGUGGGACUCGGGGUCACGCUGAUUCCCCCUUUCCCACACCCAAUAAAAGCUUCUCUACG